UGUAAAUCACAAACGACCUACUUUUUGAAGGCAGACUUCUUGGCUGAGAUGAGAUAGGAUUGUGUCAUUUUAUGAUUGGUCAAAUUUAAACCGUGUGGGAACAGAAGAUUUCUCCAUUUCUUAAAAGAAAGAAUUACCAAUCCACCAAACAAGCCCGAUAUUAUAUAAUUUAUAGAAGCGGCAGCAGCCUGGAAGUAAAGUCAGGGAGAGACGGAGAGAGAUGGGUUAUCACAGGAUUUGUGUGUUGACGGCGAUGGCGGUGGUGGCGGUACUGAUGGGUACAACGAACGUGGCGGAGGGCCAGCAGACGCCGGCGUGCGCGUCGAAGCUGGUGCCGUGUGCGAACUACAUAAACUCGACGAACCCACCGGCAUCGUGCUGCGAUCCUCUGAGACAAGCGCUGGAGCAUGAGGGAGACUGCCUCUGCACCCUAUACAAUACCCCCGGCUUGCUCAAAACCUUCGGUAUCAACGUCACCGAUGCUCUUCUCCUUCCUCAACACUGCAAGAUCCCCGGCAACGUCAAUAUCUGCAGCAACAAUUCUGCCCCGUCUCCCACAUCAGUACCGGCGCCUCCAGGCGUACCUGGAAAAGAUGAGAAUGGCGGAGUCUCCAAUGCAUGGACUGGGGCGUGGAGCUUAGUGGUAAUUUGGGCGUCCGUGAUGCUUUACUAGAGUUCCUUCUUAACCCACAGAAGGAAAUAGACGGACAUUAUUUAGACAAUGUACUGACUAUGGAGGGAUUGUUUUCAGUGUGAUUUCCACGUAUAGAGGCCUUCUUGCUUGCUUAAUAUUGGGUCUUCAUUAGAUUGAUCUGAAUUCAACAGUGUUGUUGUUGCUAUAAAAUUUGUUGUUGAAUUAAUAUGUUGUAAUUGUUCUUUC